AUGCCAUCAUCGUCCUACGUUGAUUUAACAAGCAAUGUAGGAACUCCAAAGGCUGUGGGUCCAUUGCUGCAAACUCCGCGAUCUUACAAACCGCCGAUAAGGAGUUCGACACUCACAGGCUUACUGACUCAAUCUUUCAAGAUAGGACAUCAACGAGUCAACAUUGAUGUGGAUAUAGCAAAUAGCAAAAUAGAAGGAUUUACUGAGAUAACGGUAGUCCCCUUUGUGAGUUCCUUAAAAAGUAUAAAGCUAGAUUGCAGAGAACUCAAGAUAAAAGACAUUUACAUAAAUGGUUCAAGGCAUACCAAUUACAUAUACAAUGACAAACUUUAUAUAAAUGAUGAAAAGUAUUUUGAAGAAGGAAUCAAUCAACGAGUGUACAAUGUUUACUAUAUAUAUUCGGAUGAAGUUACAAUACAUCAACAUCAUUUGCUACGUCAAAAGUUAGUAGCUAUAUUUGGAGAAACAAAUUAUGAUCCAAGAAUAUCAUUAAGCGAAUCGAGUGGUAAUACGGAAGAGUUGCAUAUAAUAUUCCCAGAUAACUUGAAGUUAGAAUUGACAGACGUAAAUUCGUUGCAUACUCCAGGCAGUUUACCUGGAACCAUGACUCCAUUGCAUUUAAAAUCAAAAGCUACCUUAAAUGAAGUUUAUACUCCAGUCAAUAUAAAAAUAGAAUACGAGGUAGUAAAUCCUCGAAAUGGUCUAAAUUUCUUUACAUUGGGUGAAAAAAGUUCAUGGCAUGUAUAUACAACAAAUUCAGACUACAAUAUAUCAACGUCUUCUUGGGUUCCGUGUUUGGACAACUUGUUCGAUAGGUCUACUUGGUCUAUAGAAGUCAGUAUCCCAAGAACCGUUAAAGAUAUUGGAAAUCCAAGAAUCAUUGGUAGUAAGCAAGCUCAAAUGAAGUUAAAUCAACUAGAAGAUGAUAGGUCAGAUAUAGAAGAUGAGGACGUGGAUUUAUCUGUUUGCUCGGGAGAUUUUAAUAAUGUCAAAGAAACUCCUCAUCCGAUCGAUCUUUCAAAAAAAGUUGUAUCAUGGGCAAUUUUCAAUCCUGUUUGUGCUCACCAUGUAGGUUGGGCAGUUGGUUGUUUUGAAAGUUUUGUUCUUUCAGAUUUUUCUCAAGGUGCAGAUGAUGAAGAAGAAGCCACUUCAGAUGAAGUUGAAAAACAAGCAAACUCUCCUAUUACAGUUUACUGCCUACCAGAGCAUCUAGAAAUGGCCAAAAAUACGUGUGUGGUAGUAAGCAAAGCCAUGGAUUUUUAUCUGCGUGAAUUUGGGUCAUUUCCUUUCAGUUCUUAUUCUUUGGUCUUUGUAAAAGAUAGCUUGUCACCUUCAAAUAACUUUGCAGGACUAUCGGUAUUUGGUAAUCAGGUAUUGUAUCCAUCCGAUUUAAUGGAACCAAUUUUCAGCAGUACAGAAUUAAUUCUGGAAAGUAUUUCUUCACAAUGGUCAGGUAUUAACAUUAUACCUCAAACAUUCAAUGAUAUUUGGUGUACUGUGGGGAUUGCACGUUUCAUGUCCUUUCAAUUUAUCCGUAGUUUAAUGGGAAGCAAUCAAUACAGGUAUAAGAUUAAGCAACAGAUAGAUCAAAUAGUACGUGAAGAUGUUGGGAAGAAACCAAUUGCGUUGCAAUAUUUCAGAUUUCCUGUGUCGUCAAUGGAUUUAUCAUACAUAAAACUAAAGGCACCCAUUGUUCUUUUCAUCUUAGAUAAAAGAAUGACCAAAACAGAUAAAUCGUUUGGAUUGUCCCGUGUCUUACCCAAACUAUUCUUACAGGCUAUGUCAGGUGAUCUUCCUAAUGGGACCUUAUCUACGCUGCACUUUCAAUAUACGUGUGAAAAGGUUAAUAGAAACAGAUUGGAAAGUUUCUUCAAACAGUGGGUCUAUGGUGCUGGGACUCCAGUAUUUAAUAUCUCACAAAAGUUUAAUAAGAAAAGGAAUGUCAUUGAGAUGAGCAUAAGGCAGAUCCAGCAUACUGAAUCAAAAGUAGUUCAUCCUAAGCCAGAAUCAUUCAUCAAUGACUCUAUUUCAUACUUAGACGACGAAUUGACUUAUCCUGUUCAAUCUGUAUUUACUGGUCCAAUGACCAUUAGAGUUCAUGAAGCUGAUGGAACUCCAUAUGAGCAUAUUGUUGACUUGAAAGAAGGACACACAAAGUUAGAUGUUCAUUACAAUUCCAAAACCAGAAAGAAGAAAAAGGAUGAAUCUGGAGAAUCGGGUGUGAUCUUCAGCAAAUUAGGUAACGUACUUGAAAGGAAAAGAGAUAUAAGUGAGUGGAAUUUCAGUGACUGGGAUAAAAGAGAAGAAGAAAAUGAUGCUUUUGAAUGGAUCAGAGUUGAUGUGGAUUUUGAAUGGAUUGCCAAAUUUAACAUCAAGCAACCAGACUAUAUGUAUGCUUCUCAAUUACAAUAUGAUCGUGAUGUUGAAGCUCAAUACGAGGCCACAAAGUUUUUUGGAAACAUUGAAAAACCUCUUGCAGUGCAUGCCACGGUUUUAACAAGAACUAUAAUGGAUUCAAGAUACUUUUACGGAGUUCGUGUCGCUGCUGCCAAAGCUUUAGCUAAGCUCUCCAAUGAAAAGAACAAUUAUUUUGGGGUGAAUUACUUGAUUAAAAUCUAUAGGGAAUUAUUUUGUUUUCCUUCAAGUUCUAUUCCUUUGAGUAACGACUUCAACGACUUCGGCAAAGCGUUCUUACAAAAAGAAAUCCCUACCAUUUUAAGUAAUGUUAGAAAUGAAGAUGGAGAAGUUCCAAUUACAAUCAAGAAUCUUUUAUUGAAUUUAUUAAAAUAUAAUGAUAACUCUAAUAAUUCCUUUCAAGAUUGUUAUUACAUAUCUGAUCUUUUAGUUGCUUUGACGGAUAGUAUAGUGAAAGGUACUACACCUCUGUUUUCAACUUCAUUGGGUGUCAGAGAUGUGAGUGACUUUGACAAAACUGUCAUUGAAGAGCUUGAAAGAAUCCAGAAAAUGGAUGAAUGGGUCCCAUCGUAUCAGUUUAUAAUAUCAACCACAGCGAUUAGGCUGAAGGUAAAGCUUGCUUUGUUUGGUAAAUUAGAUUUGAAAUUUGAAGAUUUGCUUUACUAUACCAUACCUAAAUUCCAUUAUGCUAUCAGGUUAGAAGCGUUCAAGGGAUUGUUCUUAUUGGGUGGUUUAAAGAAUAAGAGUAUACUCGAGUAUUUUCUUUCCACUUGUUUAUUGGAAGGUUCUUCUAUUAAGUUCAGAUCCUAUUUGAUUAUAAUACUUUUAGAUUCAAUUUGUGUCUGUGCUCUUCGAGGAUCUCCUAUUGCAUUAGAUGAUCCUGAGUUUAAGUCAUAUGAAAAAUUGAGUGGAUCUAGUUCGACUGAUAAGAAUGGAACAAACUUGGUGAUUAUUGAAGAAGCAUCUACAUCUGAAAUGGAUAAUAUGAGAGAUAAAUUUGCAAGAGAAACUAUCAAAGGUGCCAUUGAGAUCCUUAGAAGAGAUUAUGGUAUUGGUGAAGGUUUAAGAAACACCUUUUGGGAAUUGAUACAUUCUUCCUUAAUUAGCAUUUAUGAUAAAAGAGGUAUCUUCUUGAUAUGUCAGGUUUUAUACGAAGAGAUCGACUCGUUUAUUGUUAAAGUUCCAAUCCCAUGCUUACCAACAUCUGAAUUUAACAAAAAGAUAGUAGCUAAAAAUAUGGGUAAUGGUAAGUUAGUUUUCAAACGAGAAGGUAGAUUUAAAAUUCAAUUAUCUUCUAGAAAGAUAAUUCCAGUUCCAGAAGUUAAACCUGUGAAACCUAAGCCUGUCAUUGAAGAAGAAGUUGCUAAGGUAGAACCUAAACUAAAAUUAAACUUUAGUUUGAAACCAGCUGAACCAAAGAAAAAGCUGAUAAGUAAAAAGCCUUUGGUAAUUAUAGACAAAUCGAAAGGAUUUAAUAUUAAAUUUAAGUUACCAGCUGCAAAGUUGUCUAAAGUGGUUUUACGUGGUUCAACUGUUACCUUUAAGUUCAGCAAUGACUUUAAAUCAAGAUUAUCAAGAUCAAUUUUACCUCCAGCUCCUGCUUUACGUUAUAUUCGAAUUCUUACUAAAGAAAAGAAGAUAUUUGCAUCGUCUGAACCGUUCCCAGAAAAUGUGUCCAAUUCAUCAUCUCAACCAGACUUACAUAGUCAAACAGAGCAAUUGGUGGACUUGGUUUCUUCGUCAAGUCUGGAUCCAAUCUCAUCACCAAAAAUUAAAUCAGAGGAGGCUCCAAAUCCUAACAAAAGACCCACCUCGUCUAUUUCAAGAUCUCCAAGUCCUUUUUCAACUUCACCAUCCCCAUUUACCAUUAAAAAGGCAAAGUCAAAUGUUUACAUUCAUGGAAAAGGUGCUGAAAAGGAUAAAGAGGAAAAGACUUCAGUAAAGGUAUCACCCCCUAUAGUUCCAGCAGAAGUUCCAGCAGAAGUUCCAGCAGAAGUUCCUGUAAGUACGACAUCGUCUACCACUACUCCUGCUCCUGUCAAACAUGUUCAAGAAAAGAAACCAGUUCUUAAAUUAAAGUUAAAUUUAAAGAAAUAA